CUAGAUCCGUAACCGAUAGAGCGAGCUCUAGCCACGGAUCCGGAAAGAAAAUGAGCGCGAGCUAAGCUAUAGCUUGGUGUUGUUAUAGCAGCGACUAUGGCACACCAAUGGCGGUGACGUGGAGGUGUAUUUAGCACAUUGAAAUUAUUUGAGUUUAGACCAAGUUAUUUUAUAAAAAGCAAUUCAAAGCAGAUCAGUUCAACCUCAAACUAUUUUAUAAGGUGUAAUAAUAGAAUUAUCAAAGGAUAUGAUGAAAUUUAACUUUUAGUGAGAACAAAAAGUGGAUAUGUCCAAAUUAUAAACUUGCGCUCAUUUUAAGCUUACCAUAGAACAACAAACGAUGUCGUCGUGGUGUGCUAAAAAAAGUUCAGUUCUUCUGCCUGGCUUUGAAGUUGGUUUGAUUGAUGCGAAUGCGGGCUUUUACAGCUAUUAGUUAUCAGUGAGAGCCAGGAGUCUUUGACAAAGUCUAUACAAGGCCAAGAAUAUGGAGUUCAUGGGUGCAAACAUUACCGCUCUGGCAAGCUUGCUGAAAGAUGAAAAAGAAGAUGAAAGUGAUGAUGAACAGCUCUCGACACAGAAGGCUUCCAUUGGACCUGGUUCAAUAGGACCUCCAAAGAAACACCAACAAAGUAAAGCUGAUGUAGGUAAGAAAUCUAGCGAUACAAAGGAUAUCUGGGAUGCUGAAGCUGUUCCUGAAGGAUCAGAGUUUGAAGAUAUCUAUGACCCAAGACCAGAACCAGAAUAUGACAUCAUCUUCAAGCAAGCUGUUACCUCAGAGGAUAUGUUCCUUCAGAUGGGUAGAAAAACACAGGCCACUUCAUCAUGUGAAGAUCUUGUGGUCAAAAUAAAACUACCAGGAGUAAAUUAUGCAGAAGUUGAAUUAGAUGUUAAGGACAAGUUUCUUGAUUGCAGGACACCAAAUCACAAACUUGGUCUCCAUCUUCCUCAUCCUGUUGAUAGUAAGAAUGGUAAAGCCAAGUGGGAUGGAGAUAAAGAAAUGUUGACUGUUACCCUAAGGAUGACCAGGGAAUAUGACUUUGUCAAUUUCUGAUGAAGAAUCUUUGUAGACCUAUGAUGACAUUGAUCUCGGGAGGAUUAUAUCAUUUAGGAACUGAAUGUGGAGAGAUCCGAUUAAUUUCAGAUGACGGAAUAUGACUCCACUACAUUCUGAUGAAAUUAACCAUUUUGGACCUAUGAUAAUGAUGAUCUCAGAAGAAACAUUUCGAUUGAUUGAAAGUCUGUCAUUGUUUUUGGAUCAACUUCUAGCAGUUACUAAGGUGAAAAAUAUUAUUCCGUCCAUCUACAGCCACCAGGAACUUUCAUUUAUAUUUCCAAUCAUUCAACAGGGAGUGCAUUGUGUAGUACUUGAUUUGACGAUGCAUGUUGGUCAAUGAGCUUCAUUGAGAUGACUGAUUGCCUGCCUAGUUGACUAAUGAUACAUCUUACAUGUGAAGACAUCUAAGGAGAUACAUUCCAUUGACUGACUGGAAUAGUUAGGAAGAAAGAGACGAUUCAUCUAUCAUGUGUAGUAGUGAAUGAAACUUUCAAACUAGAAACAGGAUGCAGCAUGUUGCUGUGCAGAAAGUUUAAACUGAUAAAAUAUCUUUGAAUUUCUGUAGAACUCAUAUUAAUUUCCAUCGAAAUAUGAGGCAUUUGAGUAUUCUAUCAUAUUUUCUCACCCACUUGUCACUUAAUUGAUUUUCCACAAGGGAGGGGGGAGGGUUUGGUGUCUUGUAAGAACUGUUUUUAAUAAAUAUUUCCAUUAAAAUACAUAUAAUUCUGACAUGGAGGCGAUUAUUGAACUUUGGAUGUUUAAACCCUAUACGAAAUCAAUGGUAACCAAUGCUGUCCAGGGAAUUAUUUUUUCUGGUACAUAUACACAGUAUUGCAUUUCAAUAAGCUAUGUUUUCAAUAACUAUAGUACACCCAAUAUGUUGCUAUGAACUUGUGAAAUUGCUUAUAUUUAUUUUCCACUUCUACUAUUUACAUUUUAAAUGUAAAAUGAUUCCCUUCCAGUUUCUUUUUUUUUUCUAAAUUACAUGUAAUUAUAUGAAAUAAAUAUUACCUUUUUGUAAACUUUUUUAUCAUCGUAAUAUUAGAAUGCAUAUUGAUAUUUAUUAAAUUUUAAAAAACCA